AGGGGCCGAAGCAGCUGCGGCGAGUAAAGGAAAGGUAGCCAUGGCAACCCAAGUUAUCUGCAUCCUCCAUGCGUUUCCUUCUCCCCACCCUACAUCGUAUCUUUCCCACCCAAACCUCAGGCCAAUAGAGCCAGUGACCAGCUGGCAGGAUGGGGGCUGCGGCCGGGGCUCCAGCACCCAGUGCGUCUGGCUGCGUUUCGGGGCUCACCGCGGCGGGGCUGGGAGCAUAGAGAGGGGUGGCUUGCAACAGGCAGAGCUCUCCGCGACUGUAGAUGGGGCGCUGGAUAUGUCGUCUUUGCUCCAGAGUUGCAGAUUCGUGGCUGCUGCUGCUGCUGGUUUUGGCCCUGAGCUGUAGCCCUGCUGCAGCAGUGACGGCUUCUCCGUCUGCGACCCACGUCAAGCCCAGCUACAGUUUUGGCCGGACAUUCCUGGGACUCGAUAAGUGCAACGCCUGCAUUGGGACAUCCAUUUGCAAGAAAUUCUUUAAAGAAGAAAUAAGGUUUGACACCUGGCUUUCUUCUCGUUUAAAGCUGCCCCCCAGCUACCUGCUCAGCUACUCGGGCAACUACACCGACGAUGCCCAGAGCUGGCGGCUGGUCGACAUCACCCGCCUGACCACCAAGUACCAACACGACCAGGCAGACAAGCGCAUCUGCACCUCCCUGCUGAAGACCAAGACUUGCAGCCUGGAGCGUGCCCUGCGCCGCACGCACCGCUUCCAGAAGUGGCUGCGGGCCAAGCGCCUCACCCCCGACCUGGUCCAGGGCCUGUCUAGCCCAAUGCUGCGCUGCCCAUCCCAGCGCCUCCUGGACCGGAUAGUGCGGCGCUACGCCGAGGUGCCGGACGCCGGCAGCAUCUACAUGGACCACCUCACCGACCGGGACAAGCUGCGCCUCCUGUACACGCUGUCAGUGAAUUCACACCCCAUCCUGUUACAGAUCUUCCCCGAUGUGGAGGGGUGGCCCUUCCCACGGUACCUGGGCUCCUGUGGGCGGCUGGUGGUCAGCGCCAGCACCCAGCCCCUGCGCAACUUCUUCGGGGCGGCCCCCGAGGUGGCGGCCGACCUGGCCCUCCAGCUCCUCGCCGUCCUCCGCUCCAUGGGCACCAACGACCUCAACUACUUCUUCUACUUCACCCACGUGGACGCUGGCACCUUCGGCGUGUUCAGCAACGGGCAUCUGUUCAUCCGGGAUGCCAGCAUGCUGGGCAUCAUCGACAAGGAGGAAGGGAGCCAACUGAUCGACGGCCAACAGGAGUACAAAGAUAUAUUUAGCUGCUUGACUGUGGACUGCCAGUCUGCAUUUGUGUCCUGUAACUCCAUCAGAGAGAAGCAGAGCCUUGUCAUGGUGUGUCAAGAGCUUCUGCCUAAGCUCCUGAAGGGGAAAUUCCUGCAACCUGUACAGGAGAAAAUAGACAGCUUCCUGCAGCACUGCGCGGAUGGCCUUGCUGAUGACCAGGGUGUCAAUGAGGCAUUGGCAAAGCUGGCAGAGCUCCUGAAGCCUCUGCGGUCUUGUGAUUCACGCUUUGCCUACCGCUACCCGGACUGCAAAUACAGCGACAAAUACUGAUGGCUUUGGAGGAAGGCUGCUGAAGAAGGAUGGGACAAGUUUCCUGGCUCCAGUGCAGGAAGCAAGGAGGAGCCAGGGUAGCUGGAUGGAGCCGCACCAACUCCAGGAUACCCUCAUUGGGAUGGAGGAGGAGGGAUCCGAGUGCACACAGGAUUUAUUGUUCAUCUUCCAGAGAUGCAUUUGUUACUUGGGAUGUUAGAUGUGAUGUAAGGCUUAUGGAUUAUAAACAUUAUCAUGAGUGACAGGGGCUACAGGAUUAAUAAAUCUCCUUCACGUA